AUGACAAGGGCUGUGGACGACAUCAACACACUAGCGGUGCAGCCUACGGAAGACCCUCAAAAUCAGUCACGGGAACAGCUAGCAAAUGGUAGAAGUGCUAGUACAAACACGCAGAGACAAACUCAAAACCCCUCUUCGACUGCAACGGCAAUUGCUGCAGUUAAGUCAACACCAAGUUCUUCUACAAACGCCACAGUAAACCGUACCAAGGGUCCAAAAUAUCCAAAGUACACGUCAACGGUUACGCGACUGGACAGUUUUAACGAUUGUCAACGCGUUUCUGUUUCUACACGGCUCUUAUCGGAAGCAGGAUUCUUUUAUGCGGGGUCUGAGGAUUGUACGCGUUGUUUUGCCUGUGGUAUAGGAUUGCGAAAUUGGUCAAAGAACGACGAUCCGUGGACUGAACAUGCUCGGGCUUCGCUUAAUUGUGAUCACGUGGUUUCAAUGAAAGGGAGAGAAUUUGUGAACCUGGUUAAACUUGCACUGGAACUGACGGACGAGAAAACAGGAACAGCAAAAACAGCUGACGUCUCUGAGCCAUCUUCACCAAACGUUAGGCAAGGUUCAUCUGACGAUAUUAACAAAUUGAUGAAAACAAAAGCAGCUCAAAGUGUGUUGGAAAACGAUUAUAGUGAAGAUUUGGUUAAACAGGCGAUUGUCAGAGUCAUGAGAUCCAAAGGAGCAAAUACCAUCACUGGUAUGGAUCUAAUGCAGGAAAUAUUGACAAUGGAAGAAGAGGAAUACCUUACUGACGGGAAGACUAUGGAAGAUGUUCCUACAGCCAAGAGACCGAAUAUGGCGGCAGUACUUUCCUGCGAAAACCAGAACUUGCGGAACAAUACUGUAUGCUCCUAUUGUAAGCGGCUUGAAGUUUCCCUCGUAUUUCUUCCAUGUGGGCACCUUGUGUCAUGUUCUACAUGCGGAAACAAACAGAAGUCAUGUGUCACGUGUGGUCAAAAUGUUAAAGGGACAGUUAGGACGUACAAAAUAAAAACGAACACUUCAAUGGAUAAUGCCUUGUGGGAUAAUCAAAUGGUUUCAUAUCCACCAGAGCAUUUGACAUCAGCACCGUCGUCCUAUUCCAGCAAUAGUAGAAAUACAUCACCCAAGGGUAGAUUUGAUCAAACAGCACAGCCAACCAGUCUUGUGCCACAAGGAGGAUUCGCAUACAAGACGAGCCAGUACCAAUCAUUGCCCGUAACCUCAACUCAGAUCAAGAACACCCAAUAUACGACGUUUUCUGCUCCUCUUUCGGGGCCAAAGCAAACGGGUUUAUUGGUUCCACCUAAGCAUAUCAGAAGGGCUGUGGCCGAUAUUUAUACAGUUGCAGUACAGCCUACGGAAGACCCUCGGAAUCAGUCUUUGGAAAAACAAGUAGCAAAGAGUAGUCAGACCAGUCUAAAGCCACAGAGACAAACUCAAAACUCUUCAUCAACUGCAAGAAACAUUGCUACAGCAAGGCAAACACCAAAUUCUUCUUCAAGCGCCGUAGUGAGCUCUACAAAGUUUCCAAAAUAUCUCAAUUACACUACUACGGCUUCGCGACUGGACAGUUUUAAAGCUUGUCAAAACAUUGCUGCUUCUACACGGAUCUUAUCAGAAGCAGGGUUCUUUUAUGCGGGGACUGAGGACUGUACUCGUUGUUUUUAUUGUGGGAUAGGAUUGCGAAAUUGGUCAGAGAACGACGACCCUUGGACUGAACAUGCUCGGUUUUCGCUUGAUUGUGAUCACGUGGUUUCAGAGAAAGGGAGGGAAUUCGUGAACCUGGUUAAACUUGCACUUGAACUGACGAACGAGAAAGAAACAGGAGCAGUGCAAACAGCUGACAUCUCUAAAUUAUCUACACCUAAUGCUAGGCAAGAUUCAUCUGAUGAUAUUAACAAAUUGAUGAAAACAGAAGCAGCUCAAAGUGUGUUGCAAAAUGAUUAUAGUGAAGAUUUGGUUAAAAAGGCGAUUGUAAAAGUCCUGAGAUCCAAAGGAGGAAACGCCAUCACUGGGAUGUGUCUAAUGCAGGAAAUACUGACAAUGGAAGACGAAAAAGACCUUAUUGAUGGGAAAUCUAUGGAUAAUGUUCCUUCUACCGUGAAACAAAAUAUGGCGCCGGUACUCUCCCGCGAAAAGCGACACCUGCGGGACAAGUCUCUUUGUUCCUAUUGUAAGCGGAAUGAAGUUUCUCUGGUGUUUCUGCCAUGUGGUCACCUUGUUUCCUGUAACACAUGCGGGAAUAGGCAGAAGUCAUGUGUCACGUGUGGUCAAAACGUUAAGGGGACAGUUAGGACGUACAAUGCUUGAACUGUUUAGCAUUAUCAGUUGAUUGCAUGUGUGUGCAAUGGCACAAUACUUCCGUAUUGUUGGUGUACAAAGCUUACAUAGAGUUAUACCAUUCCAUUGUCAUUAUUUCAAGACUGAUGACACAAGGAUUUAUUUACUUUGCUCUGUGUGUAACACAGUCGAGGUUCCACUGUGUGCUACGUUUUUAUUAUAGAGAUAAUACAGUAUUUUUGAUUGCUUUUUGUGUCACAAACCUGACUUUUUCUGUUGAAUUAUCAUCAUAUAUGCCAUUAUGAAAAUGUAUUAUAUAUUGUAGUUAUACUGUCAACCACUCCGUUUAACGUUAUUUUGGUAAAAAGCUGUGCCGCACUAAUAAAGUGUUUCUAUUCCCUAAACAUGUCAACGCCGCAAUGCUAAACAAUAAAUAUUUGUUUAAUGCUA